CUGGGCUCCUGCUGCCUGUGUGAGGAGGAGUGGCCAUGAUGAAGGCGUCCCAUUAAUCGGCACCGCGCAAUCAGCGGCGGUGAUUUGUGAAGAGGAGAGUGGUGACAGCGGACAGGUGACGCGGCCCGAGCGAGAAUCGAGCCGGGCGAAGGAGGAGGAGCGUGGGGAUUCGGGGCUCCCCGUGGCUCCCGGUGGCUCCCCGUGAGAGCCCCCAACCCCACCAGCCGUAGAGUCUGUGAGCGCCUCGCAGGAGGAGGAUGCGUCACCGCCGGCGCCGCGUGGCUGCGCUCUCAGCGCUCUGCCUCUCCCCGUUCCUCAUCUCGCUGCUCAACGUCUUCCUCCUGCUCCUCCCGGGCGCCAUGGAAGACACGGACGCGCCGCGCACGGCCAAGCCCCGGCACGGGAACGUGGACACGAUUGACACGAUGGACACCGGGGAGCUGGGGAUGUUGCCCCCGCCACCCGGCGCCGUGGAGGGGCCCCCGGCGGAGGGGCUGCUCCGCUCCCUGGCGCGCUGGGCGGGGGUGCGCGCACUUGGGGGGGCGGGGGGCGGCCACGCUGAGCUGAGCCGCCUCAUCCGUGCCCGCCACGCCGAGGUGAGCCGCCUCCGGGCUCUCCACGCGGGGGGCUCCCCGUGGGGUGGCGGGCGCGUCUCGGACCGCCGCCUCAUGGAGACGGGGGGCUACCGUCACCUGUCGAGGCGGGGGGGGUCCCCCCUCUCCGUCGCCACCACGGCCGCCGCCGCCGCCACCAAAGUGGGGGACCCCGAGGAACCCAGGUCUCUGGGUUGCGCCGAUUUGGCCACCGUGUCUGGCCUCCAGUAUCUGGGCAGCGGGUACACGAAGGCCGUGUACAAGGCUGUGCUGGGGCCCCCCUCGGGAUCACCCUCGGGCUGGAGGGGGCCCGUGGCGCUGAAGACGGUGGAUUUGGGAGGCCACGAUAUGGCGACAUGCGUGAAGGAGUUCGGUGACCCGGACGGAUGCUACCGGCUCGCGGCGGCCAAGCUGCUGAAGGAGAUGACCAUCCUGGGUCGACUGAGGCACCCCAACGUCGUGCGGCUGUACGGACACUGCUACCGGGAGAGUAACGACGUCUCGGACUCGCUCACGGCCAUCACGGAGCUCGGCUCUCCGCUCGAGAUGAUCCAGCUCCUGCAGACGUCGUGGGAGGAGCGAUUCCGGAUCUGCUUGAGCCUCACGAGGCUGCUCCACUACCUCGCCCACUCCCCGCUGGGCCCCGUCGCGCUCCUCGACUUCCGCCCGCGCCAGUUCGUGCUGCGCGACGGGGAGCUCAAGGCGAGCGACCUGGACGACGCAGGCGCCGGGGACCCCCCCUGUCGGUGGCGCGGGGCGGCCGCGGGGGGGGGCACGGGGGGCCCCCCGCCGUGCUCCCUCCACUUCCCCGCGAGGAACUUCACGCUCCCCUGCUGCCCGCGCACCAGGACGUGCGCGGGCCUCAACGAGAAGCGCAACCUCUACAACGCGUACAGGUACUUCUUCACCUACCUGCUCCCCCACAGCGCCCCCGCCGGCCUGAGAUCCCAGCUCAACGACAUCGUCAACGCGACCGGGGAGCUGCGGGUGGGGGUGGACGAGACUCUGAGCCGCAUGGAGUCGGUGCUGCAUCAAUACCAGCACGGCACCUACCGCUCCAACUACAGCCAGCACCUCACCACGGGCUACCGCGAGUUGCGCGGCGUGGCGGUGUCGGAGCGCCACGACUACCGCUGCAUGCCCUCGUACCACCCCACGGCGUGCCUCCUGUCGGUGCACGACGCGGGCGAGGCCGCGCUCGUGUGCAGCGCCCACACGCCCUGCCGCGCCUUCGUGCUCACCGGCACGCUCACCUGGACUGGUCGCCAGCUUGUGUUCUUCAAAACCGGGGCUGCAGAUUUCACCUCUGACCCCGACAAAAUCACGUACGUGCGGGAGUGAAGAUGGGGGCGGUCACGUGAGCCUGUGUGUGCGCGCGCACGCGCGUGUGUGCAUGUGUGCGUGUCUGUACGUUUGUGCGCGUACACACACGCAUGCGUGCACACGCAUGCACUGGUUUAUACAAACACAGCCGACAGAAGAUGGAGGGGGAGAGGGGGAGACAGAGAGAGGGAGGGAGGCAGUGGUGGAGGAGAGGGUGUGUGUGUGAUGGAGG